GAUGACCUUCCUGGAAAGUGGCAAUACCCACUUUCUUUUUUCGCCAUCUUCAUGGAAUUAAUUCCUAAUAUAUAUAUAUAUAUAUAUAUAUAUAUAUAUGGAUUUACACUUUGGGGUUCCUGCAACUGCAAUUCCAUCUCAUCCGACUCCAAUCGCACCCAACAGCUCCACUUUCUUUUUUCAAUUUCCUUAAAACCGCUACCAGGUUAAUAGUCUCAAAGUGUUUGAGCAGAUAGAGGAAUUGGAAGAAGAUGGGGGCAAUGGUAUCGCGGUUCUGGUUCAUGUUGUUCCCUGCAAAGGAGUAUAAGAUUGUUGUUGUUGGUUUGGAUAAUGCUGGGAAGACCACUACCCUUUACAAGUUGCAUCUUGGUGAGGUUGUCACUACCAACCCUACUGUUGGUAGCAAUGUUGAAGAGGUUGUCUACAAGAACAUUCGAUUCGAGGUUUGGGAUCUAGGCGGACAAGAAAGGCUCCGGACAUCAUGGGCAACAUAUUAUCGAGGAACACAUGCUGUGAUUGCGGUGAUAGAUAGUAGCGAUAGAGCAAGGAUCUCUAUUAUGAAGGAUGAACUUUUCAGGUUGCUGGGGCACGACGAAUUGCAGCACUCAGUCAUCCUCGUCUUUGCCAAUAAACAAGAUAUCAAGGAUGCCAUGACACCUGCUGAGAUCACCGAUGCACUAUCUCUUCACAGCAUCAAGGAUCAUGAUUGGCAUAUACAAGCGUGUUGUGCCCUCACUGGAGAAGGGUUGUAUGAUGGUCUCGGAUGGAUUGCCGGGCGAGUAACCGGCAAGGCACCAUCAUGAUUGUAGGAUUUGCUGGAGUCUUUUGAACGAGAUUCAUUUUUCAUGUACUGAAUUGAUGUGAUUACUGAUCAGUUACAAAAGUAUAUGUAUCAUUUAUACUUUGAAGAGUCGACCACUCAAGCCAAACAAGUGUGUUUGGAUUAGUUAUGAAAGUUUAUUCAAUAGCUGACUAUAUAUGUAUACAAAUAUACUUGAAAUUUUAAAAUCGAUUAUGAUAGAAUUUGUUUUA